AUGAGCUCCAUAGCGGUAACGAUGCCCCUACGGGCUGCGUCAAUCCCAAAAUCACAUCUGCAGCUCACGCUUCGAGGCUAUGCAAAUGCUACGGCCACACCUGGGUUACGAUGUAGUCGCCCGCUGCUUGCAUGCAACAACAACAACCACCGCUUCCAAGCCAACACAAAGCGAUAUAUCUCUUCCACACCGCAGCGCCAGAUCAAAGAAUAUUUCCCUCCGCCCAAGGCCCCUCAUAUCACAGAGGUUGAGACUGCUUGGGUUCAUCCCAUUUAUUCCGAGGAGCAAAUGCACAACGUCGAAAUCGCUCAUCGCGAUGCCAAGACAUGGUCUGACUGGGUAGCACUUGGUACUGUCCGAGUACUCAGAUGGGGUAUGGACCUGUUGUCGGGAUACAAGCAUCCCAAGCCGGGCCAGGAAAGCAACACCAAGUUCCAAAUGACCGAGCAGAAAUGGCUUACUCGGUUUAUUUUCCUGGAGAGUGUGGCUGGUGUGCCGGGAAUGGUUGGAGGCAUGCUGAGACAUCUGAGAAGUUUGAGGCGGAUGAAGAGAGACAAUGGAUGGAUCGAGACUCUCCUCGAGGAGGCAUACAACGAGCGAAUGCAUCUGCUCACCUUCCUCAAGCUUGCUGAGCCGGGAUGGUUCAUGCGUCUCAUGGUCCUGGGAGCCCAGGGCGUCUUCUUCAACGGAUUCUUCCUCUCCUACCUGGUGUCUCCUCGCACCUGCCACCGAUUCGUCGGAUACCUCGAAGAGGAAGCCGUUAUCACCUACACACGGGCCCUCAAAGACCUCGAAACCGGGAAGCUGCCCGAUUGGGAGAAGCUAGAGGCGCCGGAAAUCGCCGUCCAGUACUGGAACAUGCCUGAAGGCCACCGCACCAUGAAAGAUCUGCUGCUAUACAUUCGAGCCGACGAAGCCAAGCACCGCGAGGUUAACCACACCCUCGGAAACCUCAAGCACAACUUGGAUCCCAAUCCCUACGCAGCCAAGUACAAGGACCCGUCCAAGCCUCAUCCGACGAAGGGGAUUGAGAUCAUGAAGCCCCUCGGAUGGGAAAGAAAAGAGGUCAUCUAA